GCCUCCCCCACCCGGCCUGCGCCCUCCCUCUCCCUCGGCGCUCGCUCGCGGCUCGCGGCUCGCGCUCGCUCCUCUCCCCUCGCAGCCGGCCGGGGCCGGCGCCCACCCCCCUGCCCGGGAGCCCUUGCCGGCCCGGCCGCCCGCGCUCGGGGCUGUUUCCGCGAGCAGGUGAAAAUGGCCGAGAACUUGCUGGACGGACCGCCCAACCCCAAACGAGCCAAACUCAGCUCGCCCGGCUUCUCGGCGAAUGACAGCACAGAUUUUGGAUCAUUGUUUGACUUGGAAAAUGAUCUUCCUGAUGAGCUGAUCCCCAAUGGAGGAGAAUUAGGCCUUAUAAACAGUGGGAACCUUGUUCCAGAUGCUGCUUCCAAACAUAAACAACUGUCGGAGCUUCUGCGCGGAGGCAGCGGCUCUAGUAUCAACCCAGGAAUAGGAAAUGUUAGCGCCAGCAGCCCCGUGCAGCAAGGCCUCGGUGGGCAGGCUCAAGGGCAGCCGAACAGUGCAAACAUGGCCAGCCUGGGUGCCAUGGGCAAGAGCCCUCUGAACCAGGGAGAUUCUUCAGCCCCCAGCCUGCCCAAACAGGCAGCCAGCACCUCUGGGCCCACUCCCCCUGCUUCCCAAGCACUGAAUCCGCAAGCACAAAAGCAAGUGGGGCUGGUGACCAGCAGCCCUGCCACGUCGCAGACGGGACCUGGGAUCUGCAUGAAUGCUAACUUUAACCAGACCCACCCUGCCCUCCUCAAUAGUAACUCUGGCCAUAGUUUAAUGAACCAGGCCCAGCAAGGACAGGCGCAAGUCAUGAAUGGCUCUCUUGGGGCGGCCGGCAGAGGAAGGGGAGCUGGGAUGCCGUACCCCGCGCCCGCCAUGCAGGGGGCCUCGAGCAGCGUGUUGGCCGAGACGUUAACGCAGGUCUCGCCGCAAAUGGCCAGUCACGCGGGACUGAACACGGCGCAGGCAGGAGGCAUGACCAAGAUGGGAAUGGCUGGUAACACAAGUCCAUUUGGACAACCCUUUAGUCAAACUGGAGGGCAGCAAAUGGGAGCCCCUGGAGUGAACCCCCAGUUAUCCAGCAAACAGAGCAUGGUCAAUAGUUUGCCUCCCUUCCCUACAGACAUCAAGAAUCCUUCCGUCACCAACGUGCCAAACAUGUCUCAGAUGCAAACUUCAGUGGGAAUUGUACCCACACAAGCGAUCACAGCAGGCCCCACUGCAGAUCCUGAAAAGCGCAAACUGAUACAGCAGCAGCUGGUUCUACUGCUUCAUGCUCACAAGUGUCAGAGACGAGAACAAGCGAACGGAGAAGUUCGGGCCUGCUCUCUCCCGCAUUGCCGAACCAUGAAGAAUGUUUUGAAUCACAUGACACACUGUCAGGCUGGGAAAGCCUGUCAAGUUGCCCAUUGUGCAUCUUCACGACAAAUCAUCUCUCAUUGGAAGAACUGCACACGACAUGACUGUCCUGUUUGCCUCCCUUUGAAAAAUGCCAGUGACAAGCGAAACCAACAAACCAUCCUGGGGUCUCCAGCUAGUGGGAUUCAGAACACGAUCGGUUCUGUCGGCACAGGCCAGCAGAACGCCGCUUCGCUGAGUAACCCGAAUCCCAUAGACCCCAGCUCCAUGCAGCGCGCGUAUGCUGCCCUUGGUCUCCCCUACCUGAACCAGCCCCAGACGCAGCUGCAGCCUCAGGUUCCCGGCCAGCAACCAGCACAGCCUCAAAGUCACCAGCAGAUGAGGACUCUCAACCCCCUGGGAAAUAACCCAAUGAACAUUCCAGCAGGAGGAAUAACAACAGAUCAGCAGCCGCCAAACUUGAUUUCAGAAUCAGCUCUUCCAACUUCCCUCGGGGCCACAAACCCACUGAUGAACGAUGGCUCAGGCUCUGCAAACCUCGGGACCCUCAGCACUAUACCCACAGCGGCACCUCCUUCCAGCACCGGCGUGCGGAAAAGCUGGCACGAACACGUCACUCAGGACCUGCGGAGCCACCUAGUGCAUAAACUGGUCCAAGCCAUCUUCCCAACCCCUGACCCGGCAGCCCUGAAGGAUCGCCGCAUGGAGAACCUGGUGGCCUAUGCUAAGAAAGUGGAGGGGGACAUGUAUGAGUCCGCCAACAGCAGGGAUGAAUACUAUCAUUUACUGGCAGAAAAAAUUUACAAGAUACAAAAAGAACUAGAAGAAAAGCGGAGGUCACGUUUACACAAACAAGGCAUCCUGGGUAACCAGCCCGCCCUACCAGCCCCCGGGGCACAGCCCCCUGGGAUUCCGCAGGCACAACCUGUGAGGCCUCCAAAUGGACCCAUGCCCCUGCCAGUGAAUCGCGUGCAGGUUUCUCAAGGGAUGAAUUCAUUUACCCCAAUGUCCUUGGGGAACGUACAGUUGCCGCAGGCUCCCAUGGGACCACGUGCAGCGUCCCCCAUGAACCACUCUGUCCCGAUGAACAGCAUGGGCUCCGUUCCAGGGAUGGCCAUUUCUCCUUCCCGGAUGCCCCAGCCUCCGAACAUGAUGGGCGCUCACAGCAACAACAUCAUGGCCCAGGCGCCUGCGCAGAACCAGUUCCUGCCUCAGAACCAGUUCCAGUCCUCCGGCGGGGCGAUGAGUGUGAGCAGCGUGGGCCUGGGCCAGCCGGCGGCCCAGACGGGCGUGCCGCAGGGACAGGUGCCUGGUGCUGCUCUUCCUAACCCUCUGAACAUGCUUGGGCCUCAGGCCAGCCAGCUGCCUUGUCCACCAGUGACACAGUCACCGUUGCACCAGACGCCACCCCCUGCUUCCACGGCCGCGGGCAUGCCGUCUCUCCAGCACCCGUCGGCGCCUGGGAUGACUCCUCCCCAGCCAGCAGCUCCCACCCAGCCAUCGACUCCUGUGUCGUCUUCCGGGCAGACCCCUACCCCGACUCCCGGCUCGGUGCCCAGUGCCAGCCAGACCCAGAGCACCCCGACGGUCCAGGCAGCAGCCCAGGCCCAGGUGACCCCACAGCCUCAGACCCCAGUCCAGCCCCCGUCUGUGGCCACCCCUCAGUCAUCACAACAGCAGCCGACGCCUGUGCAUGCCCAGCCUCCCGGCACACCGCUUUCCCAGGCAGCAGCCAGCAUCGAUAAUCGGGUCCCCACUCCUUCCUCGGUGGCCAGCGCCGAAACCAACUCCCAGCAGCCAGGACCCGAGGCACCGAUGCUGGAGAUGAAAGCAGAGGUCAAGACUGAGGACACUGAGCCUGAUGCCAGUGAAUCCAAGGGGGAGCCGGGGUCUGCGAUGAUGGAGGAGGAUCUGCAAGGAUCUUCUCAAGUUAAAGAAGAAACAGACACAACAGAACAGAAAUCUGAACCGAUGGAAGUGGACGAGAAGAAACCGGAAGUCAAAGUAGAAACUAAAGAGGAAGAAGAGAGCAGCGCUAAUGGGGCCGCCUCUCAGUCAACAUCUCCUUCACAGCCACGCAAAAAAAUCUUUAAGCCGGAAGAAUUACGCCAGGCUCUGAUGCCAACCCUGGAAGCGCUGUACCGCCAGGACCCGGAGUCCUUGCCUUUCCGGCAGCCUGUGGACCCCCAGCUGCUAGGGAUCCCGGAUUAUUUUGACAUUGUCAAGAACCCUAUGGACCUUUCCACCAUCAAGCGGAAGCUGGACACGGGGCAGUACCAAGAACCCUGGCAGUAUGUGGAUGACGUCUGGCUCAUGUUCAACAACGCCUGGCUCUAUAACCGGAAGACGUCCCGGGUCUAUAAGUUCUGCAGCAAACUUGCUGAGGUCUUUGAGCAGGAAAUUGACCCCGUCAUGCAGUCCCUUGGAUAUUGUUGUGGGCGCAAGUAUGAGUUUUCCCCACAGACUUUGUGCUGCUACGGGAAGCAGCUGUGUACAAUUCCUCGCGACGCUGCCUACUACAGCUAUCAGAACAGGUAUCAUUUCUGUGAGAAGUGUUUCACAGAGAUCCAGGGGGAGAAUGUUACCCUGGGUGACGACCCUUCACAACCCCAGACGACAAUUUCAAAGGAUCAGUUUGAAAAGAAGAAAAAUGAUACCUUAGAUCCUGAACCUUUUGUCGAUUGCAAGGAGUGUGGCCGGAAGAUGCAUCAGAUUUGUGUUCUGCACUAUGACAUCAUUUGGCCUUCGGGCUUCGUGUGCGACAACUGCCUGAAGAAAACCGGCAGAACUCGGAAAGAAAACAAGUUCAGUGCGAAGAGACUACAGACCACGCGAUUGGGCAACCACUUGGAAGACCGAGUCAACAAGUUUUUGCGGCGACAGAAUCAUCCCGAAGCCGGGGAGGUCUUUGUCCGGGUGGUGGCCAGCUCAGACAAGACUGUGGAGGUCAAGCCUGGGAUGAAGUCACGGUUUGUGGAUUCCGGGGAAAUGUCUGAAUCUUUCCCGUAUCGAACCAAAGCACUCUUUGCUUUUGAGGAAAUUGACGGAGUGGAUGUGUGCUUCUUUGGGAUGCACGUGCAAGAGUACGGCUCCGAUUGCCCCCCUCCAAACACAAGGCGUGUAUACAUAUCUUAUCUGGACAGUAUUCAUUUCUUCCGGCCCCGGUGCCUCCGGACCGCUGUUUACCAUGAGAUCCUUAUUGGAUAUUUAGAAUACGUGAAGAAAUUGGGGUACGUAACAGGACACAUCUGGGCCUGCCCCCCGAGUGAAGGAGAUGACUAUAUCUUCCAUUGCCACCCCCCUGAUCAGAAAAUCCCCAAACCAAAGCGCCUGCAGGAGUGGUACAAGAAGAUGCUGGACAAGGCAUUUGCAGAACGGAUCAUUCACGAUUACAAGGACAUUUUCAAACAAGCGACCGAAGACAGGCUCACCAGUGCCAAGGAGCUGCCCUAUUUUGAGGGUGACUUCUGGCCCAAUGUGCUGGAGGAGAGCAUUAAGGAGUUGGAGCAAGAAGAAGAAGAGAGGAAGAAGGAGGAGAGCAGUGCAGCCAGUGAGACCACGGAGGGCAGCCAGGGUGACAGCAAGAAUGCCAAGAAGAAGAACAACAAGAAAACCAAUAAGAAUAAAAGCAGCAUCAGUCGAGCCAACAAAAAGAAGCCCAGCAUGCCCAACGUGUCCAACGACUUGUCCCAGAAGCUCUACGCCACCAUGGAGAAGCACAAAGAGGUCUUCUUUGUGAUUCACCUGCACGCCGGGCCCGUCAUCAACACGCUGCCCCCCAUCGUCGACCCUGACCCCCUGCUCAGCUGUGACCUCAUGGACGGGCGUGACGCCUUCCUCACCCUCGCCAGAGACAAGCACUGGGAGUUCUCGUCCCUGCGCCGGUCCAAGUGGUCCACGCUGUGCAUGCUGGUGGAGCUGCACACACAGGGCCAGGACCGGUUUGUCUACACCUGCAAUGAGUGCAAGCACCACGUGGAGACGCGCUGGCACUGCACCGUGUGCGAGGACUACGACCUGUGCAUCAACUGCUACAACACGAAGAGCCACGCCCACAAGAUGGUGAAGUGGGGGCUGGGCCUGGACGACGAGGGCAGCAGCCAGGGCGAGCCGCAGUCCAAGAGCCCCCAGGAGUCGCGGCGCCUGAGCAUCCAGCGCUGCAUCCAGUCCCUGGUGCACGCCUGCCAGUGCCGCAACGCCAACUGCUCGCUGCCGUCCUGCCAGAAGAUGAAGCGGGUGGUGCAGCACACCAAGGGCUGCAAGCGCAAGACCAACGGGGGCUGCCCGGUGUGCAAGCAGCUCAUCGCCCUCUGCUGCUACCACGCCAAACACUGCCAGGAGAACAAAUGCCCGGUGCCCUUCUGCCUCAACAUCAAACACAAGCUCCGCCAGCAGCAGAUCCAGCACCGCCUGCAGCAGGCUCAGCUCAUGCGCCGGCGGAUGGCCACCAUGAACACCCGCAACGUGCCUCAGCAGAGUCUGCCUUCCCCUACCUCAGCGCCGCCCGGGACCCCCACGCAGCAGCCCAGCACGCCCCAGACGCCGCAGCCGCCCGCCCAGCCCCAGCCCUCGCCCGUGAGCAUGUCACCGGCCGGCUUCCCCGGCGUGGCCCGGACUCAGCCCCCCACCACGGUGUCCGCCGGGAAGCCCGCCAACCAGGUGCCGGCCCCGCCGCCCCCCGCCCAGCCCCCGCCGGCCGCGGUGGAAGCGGCCCGGCAGAUCGAGCGCGAGGCGCAGCAGCAGCAGCACCUGUACCGGGUGAACAUCAACAACGGCGUGCCCCCGGGGCGCACGGGCAUGGUGACCCCGGUGGGCCAGAUGGCCCCCGCGGGCCUGAACGUGCCCCGGCCCGGCCCGGUCAGCGGGCCCGUCGUGCCCAACCUGCCGCCCGGGCAGUGGCAGCAGGCGCCUCUCCCCCAGCAGCAGCCGAUGCCGGGCAUGCCCAGGCCCGUGAUGUCCAUGCAGGCCCAGCCGGCCGUGGCAGGGCCUCGGAUGCCCAGCGUGCAGCCGCCCCGGAGCAUCUCGCCCGGCGCCCUGCAGGACCUGUUGCGGACCCUGAAGUCGCCCAGCUCCCCGCAGCAGCAGCAGCAGGUGCUCAACAUCCUCAAGUCAAACCCUCAGCUGAUGGCGGCUUUCAUCAAGCAGCGCACGGCCAAGUACGUGGCCAGUCAGCCCGGCCUCCAGCCCCAGCCCGGCCUCCAGGCCCAGCCCGGCCUCCAGGCCCAGCCCGGCCUGCACCAGCAGCCCGGCCUGCAGAACCUGAACGCCAUGCAAGCCGGCGGGCCCCGGCCCGGCGUGCCCCCGCAGCAGCAGGCGAUGGGAGGCCUGAACCCCCAGGGCCAGGCCCUGAACAUCAUGAACCCGGGGCACAACCCCGGCAUGGCGAGCAUGAACCCGCAGUACAGAGAGAUGCUGCGCCGGCAGCUGCUGCAGCAGCAGCAACAGCAGCAGCAGCAGCCGCCGCCGCCGCCGCCGCCACCGCCACAGGGCGGCGCGGGCAUGGCCGGGGGCAUGGCCGGGCACGGCCAGUUCCAGCAGCCCCAGGGACCCGGAGGCUACCCGCCGGCCAUGCAGCAGCAGCGGAUGCAGCAGCACCUCCCCAUCCAGGGCAGCUCCAUGGGCCAGAUGGCGGCUCAGAUGGGACAGCUCGGCCAGAUGGGGCAGCCCGGGCUGGGCGCGGACGGCACCCCCAACAUCCAGCAGGCCCUGCAGCAGCGGAUUCUGCAGCAGCAGCAGAUGAAGCAGCAGAUCGGGUCCCCGGGCCAGCCGAACCCCAUGAGCCCCCAGCAGCACAUGCUCUCAGGACAGCCCCAGGCCUCGCACCUCCCCGGCCAGCAGAUGGCCACGUCCCUCAGUAGCCAGGUGCGGUCCCCGGCCCCUGUCCAGUCUCCGCGGCCCCAGUCCCAGCCUCCACAUUCCAGCCCGUCGCCACGGAUCCAGCCCCAGCCUUCGCCGCACCACGUCUCGCCCCAGACCGGUUCCCCCCACCCAGGACUCGCGGUCACCAUGGCCAGCUCCAUAGAUCAGGGACACUUGGGGAACCCCGAACAGAGUGCAAUGCUCCCCCAGCUGAACACCCCCAACAGGAGUGCGUUGUCCAGUGAGCUGUCCCUGGUCGGCGACACCACAGGAGACACCCUAGAAAAGUUUGUGGAGGGUUUGUAGCAUUGCGAGAGCAUCGCUUUUUUUGUUUCCCCUUUCAUGUUCUUGGACCUUUUGUACUGAAAUCCAGGCAUCUGGGCUCUUUUUAUCCCUAGAUGGAACUGCUACUUCCGAGUCAUGGAAGGG